CGAUUAGCGUUGCGUUCUUCCCAACAAGGCAGUUUUAUACAGUUACAGACAUCAGAACACUGGGACAUUCUCUACAAUCUUUGCUGUCGACAAAAACACCUCAUUAAGAGUUCCGUCCAUUCUGCUUUCAUCAUCAUCACAACCAUCAUGACUAGGCCCAACAAUCUCCUGAGGAAAGUCCGUGACAGUGAGGACGGCGAGACCGACCCACCACGGCCCGACACGAACCCGGAUCUUGACCGGUCCUUCCAGUUCAAAGCCAAGGCCCGACUGAACGUCUUCAACUUGGUAUUGACGGCUAGUACGUUCUUCGUAGUGCCGCUGAUGGUCUACGUGGGUGCCGUCUACCUGCCCAUCGAGAUCCCACCGCUGCACGGCAUGAGUGGCCGGCUGGUCUUUGCGAUCAGGUGCCAAGGCGUGGCCAUAAUCCCCUUUGCGAUGGGAAUUCUGUACUUGCUGAUCGGGCGCCUGCGCUGUAAGGAGGCCAAAGACCUAGAGAACACGGAGCACUACGUGCGCCACUCCCUGGAGCAGUACAUCAUGCUGCUGGUCAACACCGUUGUCAUGGCAACCUUCAUCACUGAGGAGUACAUCAAGAUGAUCCCCGUCUUCAUUGGCAUCUGGGUCAUCGGACGUUUUGUCUACUGGUUCUCGUACUAUCUGCGUCCCAUGUACCGUGGCUUCGCCCUGUGUAUCGGCAUGCUGCCCAACCUUGGUAUGAUGGCAUACAACCUGUUUGCCAUGGUAGACUCUGGAUUCACUAGCGAUGUCUCCCUGUUCGACUAGAGUACCUUGCUGACAUUUGGUAUAAAUGUAUUGAGUUGCUCAGGGGAAAGCACAAGGGCAUGUGCUGGGAACCAGCCACAAGAAAAUUAAAAAAAUCGUGUAAUUUGAAACUGGUACCCUUCUUUUGCCAAAGAGAUAUUGCGCUCAGCAAUUUUUUUUUUGAGCGAAAGAGGGCGCUUUAAAGUCGUCAUUUUUUUGGUACUACUAUUAGAGAUUUCAUGUUUAUUGAAGCAAUGUAGCGACUUCAUUUGAAUCUUAAAAUACAUUUUUUUUUUAAAGCAAACUUUUUGAUUGGAAAAACAAGUAACCUUGGAUUCAUUAUAUUUGUACCAACACAAUGGCGUCGUACAGCGCCCUCACCGUUCGAAAUAUGACCAGACAGGCCGUUAACAGACUAGUUUUCGAAGGUGAAAAUGUUGUUGUUUUUGCUGAAACUAAAUCUUGCGUGUUCAGUUAUUUUUUUUCUGGUAACUUAAAGUAGAUCAAGAUUCUGUGACCAUCUGGAUUUGUCAAUGAUGUUUAUACCUUGUGGCAUGGUAGCUACGUUAGUGAUCCAUGCAUUCCUUUUGCGUGCCAAAACAAGAAAGAAAAAAAGGCUGAAUAUUUCACUAAAGGCCUAAUUAUGAUAAUGACAAAUGAUUAGGACUUAUAUAAAAUAGCAUCCGACAAAUUAAAAGAUACUAAUCGUCGGAUUUUAAAUUGCUUUUUCGGUUGUGGAAUCAGUCUGUCAGUGUUUUUCAAAUCGAAUUGAUGCUUUUCUUUUGUAGGAGAUAAUAAGCCUUCGAGUAUGGCCCAUAAUGUUUUUGUUAAAAAAACCAGUGUUUUAUUCUGUGUUGCGUUUUCCAGUGGAGCGUGGGUAUAAUGAGUAGGGCCUAUCACAAGUUUGAAUGUGUGAUUUGUAGUUAUGAUGAUUAGUACCACGCUAGCCUCAGUCAAGAUUCGUGAAUACACUGCCGGUUUUGCUAACAUUUUGUAGGCCAGCGGAGGGCCCAAGCAGAGCACAGUCAGCACACACUGUUGGCUAUCUAAGACGGAUGGAUUUGAUAGGAAGGUAUCGUAGCAGAAAAAGGGUACAAAUUACAGUCGAGUCUGGUUAUAACAAACUCGUUCGGACCUAGCCAAAUUGUUUGUUAUAUCAGAAUUUAAUUAAAGAAUUAAAGAAUUUAAUUAUAGAAAUUAAUUAAAAUGUCAAUAUUUAUUUAGAUGAAAAAUUGUAGAAAAGUUUUUGACAAAUGAAUAAAUGCUGUUUAUGCAAGAGCAUGUCUCAA